AUGCCGCGCAAUAUGGAUGACGGGGAAGAUUUCGAGGCUGAGAUCAACGCCGUCUCCGAUAGCUCUGAGACUGAUGGAUCCGAUGGUGAAGAUUCUGGGAGCGAUUUGGAUCAAGUAAGGACUGUCCUGGCUGUCCCUGGGCCAGACGCACAAAUGCACGAUGUUCGAAAGGCCCUUGCAACAGCGCAGCAAGCUUAUAAUGCAACACGGUCCGAGCUGCGUGUCCUCAAGAGACAGUAUCUCGCUCUUUCAUCUGCGAUCCCUGUUCGCAGCCGCAACCGCGUGCUCAAGAAGACAUCUGCACUGGACUCCAGCAUCACCCGCCAAGGACAGAAGUAUGCCCUAUUCAGUCAUUUCUGGGUCGUGAACGGUCUGUUUCCAACUACUGGUGUUGGCUAUGCGUUUGCGCUGUCCUCUCCCGAAAUGAGGCAUCUCCUUGCUUUCCUCUCCCUCACCUGUGUUAGAAGCCUUGGCGACAUGAGCAUUUCCUGCAACCUCCGACUCAUACACCUCCGACUCAUUGUGUGGGGUAAUACUCCUCAACCUGCUAAUGUCGACCCGCGGAGCGCUACACGUUGGAGCUCUCCUGAUGCGAAGCUUAAAGGUGCAAUGGGUGAACUGUAUCAGAUCAUACCUAAAGACUUGCACACCUCCAUGGAAACCUAUCCGCGUUUUGGAUCAUUAUUUCGUGCGGCAGUCAGCUCCGAGAGAUCGAACAUUCUGCACAGCAUCAAGGAUUGCGCAGGUGUUAUCUUCUCUCCCUUCAAACUCGACCCCAGCGUCUUCGCCGACCAGCCUUCCAAAAAGCAGGACAACAAGGAUCUCCUUAUGCUGCUCAAGAGGAACGGAGAGGGUGAUUACAUCCGUCUCGCACCUGUACUAUUCGCCAAUCCCCACGCUAUGUCAGCCGACAAUUUCCUCAAAUCGUUGGUGCUCGUCAAAAUUAUUCGCGUUGAAGUGUAUGGGAAGGCAAUACUCGGUGGGAAGACAAGGGGCCAUCCAAAGGGCAGGGGCCUGCGAAUGGAUGCGCUGAGUGUUACCGAGGGUAUGAUUGCCGGCGCUGCUAUAUUGGCACGUUUCUUGUUAACGCACGACGCUGAGCUCACUGCGACUGGAGCAGAGACGAAGAUCGAUUAUCAGAAGGAUUAUGACUUCUAUCUGGAACGCUUGUUCAAAAGCUCUCCGUGGGCAAUUAGCGUGAUGGAGUAUUUCAAUAAGCAAGUGUUCAAUACCAGCGCAGCGCUGUCGAGCACACCCACAUCUGUCGUACCUCCUGCCUCCACGCCCCGCACCUGGGAAGAUGACCUAUUGGACGAAUUGGACAAUCCUACUGCCCGCGCACCUUCACCGGCUCUUCCCAUUUCCCGUGCACCCUCACCGGCUCUUUCCAAUCUUUCUGCUCUUUCCGCGGCACCUGCACCUAUCCAGGAUAAUUAUAUCACUGUCUCGACAUCGAUGUCAAUUAGCCAGCCACGCGCUGCAUCUGCUUCUACUCAGCUGCAGGUGGAUGUUAGUCAACUAUCGCUAACCAAUCGUAGUGUUCCACCAGCGCCGACUGCACCAGCAGGAAAAGGGCUUCGUCGGGGUCGUAUUUCAGCUCAGCCUACCUCUAUCUCCGCUGCAGCACCAGAAGCGCUGCCUGCUCCAACAGUUCCCAAACCCAAGCGCGCUAGUGGACGCAACAAGAAGCCAACAGCGAAGUGA